CUCUAUAAAGAGGCUGACAGAGGGACAAUCUUCACACAUCCUUUACAUUGUUCUCACUGUACUUUCAGCUUUACCUGCAGAGAUGAACCUGCUUGUCUGCAUCGUAACGCUGGGCUUCUGCGUGACGCAGGCCCAUUCAAACCCAUUAAGUUUGGGUCGUCCCUAUCUUGUGGAGUGCUUUGAAGAGGCCAAAAAACUUGUGGAUGAUGCUUACAAGUACUCGCGAGAAGAGAGUCUGAGCAGGGUUCGUCGAGACGUCGUCUCUCCGGGGGACAUCCUGCGCCUCAUGAAGCAACCGCGUGGAGCCUCCCGCUCGGCCGUGCGCUCGGCAGACUACAUGGACCAGACGCUGCGCCUGCUGCACGAGCGUGUCCAUCGCGUGCACAAACGCUCGCUCAACACCACAGAUCUGCUUCCUCGUGAAGACCUGGAGGUUCUCUCGAAGAUCUCUGGAUGUGCAGCCAUGGUCAGCAAUCCACCCUGUCGCACCAUUCAGAACCUGGACAAGUACAGGACCGCCACCAGUGUCUGCAACAACCUGAAGAACCCUCGCCUGGGGGCCUCCAACAUCCCCUUCAAGCGGUGGCUCCCCGCCCAGUACGAAGACGGAAAAUCAAUGCCAAAAGGCUGGGAAAGUGACCAUAGCUUCAACAACUUCGUUCUCCCUCUGGUCAGAGACGUGUCCAAUCGCAUUCUUGCGACGACGGACGAGGGCGUGGUCAAUGACAGGGAAUUUUCGAGCAUGGUGGUCCUGUUCGGACAGUGGAUCGACCACGACAUCACCUUCACCCCCGUAUCCCCCAGCAUCCGCUCCUUCAGCAAUGGCCUCAAUUGUGACGAAAGCUGCGAGCGCUCCGAGCCCUGCUUCCCCAUUUCGAUCCCCCCUGGCGACCCUCGUUUGCCCACUGGAGCGAACAGCUGCAUCCCCGUCUUUCGGUCGUCAGCCGUUUGUGGAACUGGAUAUUCAGCCUACAAUUUUGGCGGCGUGGCGAACAAGCGGGAGCAGAUCAAUGCCCUGACAGCGUUUUUAGACAUGGGCCAGGUGUACGGCUCGGAGGAUCAACUGGCAAAGGACCUCCGCGACCUCACGAGCGAUGUGGGCCUCCUGCGCGUCAACGAUAAGUACAUGGACAACGGAAGAGAGCUGCUGCCCUUUAGCCCCCUGCAGGCUAACAUGUGCGCUACACGCAGGAAGUCCACAAACAACAGCACUGCCGAGGAGGUGCCCUGUUUCCUUGCAGGUGACGUCCGUGUCGAUGAGAACAUUGCCCUGACGUCCCUCCACACCUUGUUCAUGCGAGAACACAACCGUCUGGCACGUGAACUGAAGAGGAUAAACCCGCAGUGGGACAGUGAGACCCUCUACCAAGAGGCUCGUAAAAUCAUGGGCGCGUACAGUCAGGUGUUUGUGUUCAGGGACUACCUGCCCCACAUCGUGGGGGACGAAGCCAUGUCUGGAAAGCUGGGCCGCUACGUGGGGUACAACCCCAACGUGGACCCCAGCAUCGCCAACGUGUUUGCCACUGCCGCCUACCGCUUCGGCCACGUGGCCCUCCAGCCCGUCCUAUCGCGCCUGGACGACAACUACCGGGAGGAUGCCCGCUUCCCCACCGUGCCGCUUUUCAAGGCAUUCUUCAGCCCCUGGAGGCUCGUAUUCGAAGGCGGUAUCGACUCCCUGAUCCGAGGUCUGGCGGGCAGUCCUGCCAAACUGGGCACUCAGGACAACCUGUUGGUAGACGCGGUGCGAGAGAGGCUAUUUCAAUUUGUCCAGCACCUAGCUCUGGACUUGGGGUCGAUCAACAUGCAGAGGGGCCGGGACCACGGCAUCCCUGGCUACAACGAGUGGCGUAAGCACUGUGGGCUGUCCGAGCCAAGCAAUCAGGCAGAGCUGGCUCAGGUACUGAACAACGAGGGCCUGGCGACCAGGCUCCUGAAGCUGUACGGAACACCCAGCAACAUCGAUGUAUGGCUGGGAGGCAUUGCAGAACCCUUCGUCCAGGGAGGCCGUGUUGGCCCUCUGUUCUCCUGCCUCAUCUCCAACCAGUUCAAGGAAAUCCGUCAGGGAGACAGGAUGUGGUACGAGAACCCGGGCGUGUUCACCCCCGGCCAGAGGACGGCGCUGCGUGACGCCUCCCUGACCAGGAUAAUCUGUGACAACACAGGCAUCUCCAGCAUCCCCCAGGACCCCUUCAGCCUUCUCUCCGCUACAAACCGCCUGGUCCACUGCUCUAGCAUUCCACGCAUGAACCUCUCGGCCUGGAGGAAGAGUCCCAUUGAUAGGGCAGCAUCAGGCACAAAUGAAAUUGUUGCAGAUGGUGAAGCUGAGAGGACCAGCCCCCUGGCAGAGCAGGACAUACUGGGCAGGACAGAGCCGCAGAUGGAAGGGGACAAUGAGGUUCCCCAGGCACACAAGAGAUGAACCUGGCCCUUAAAAGAAAGAAUUAUAAUCAAUGGAACCCGUAUACUGUCGUUACCACUUUGGCAACAUUCCCCAAACCUGUAGUAUGGCACUCUUUUAUUUGACUUUUGAAAUGUAAAAGUGAUUUUAAAAAUCCCGCUGACUUUGAGAACCACUGUUACACCAGGAAAUAUAGUACACUGAAAAGUUUCACCACAACUCUGAUAUUGGAAUUAAAAGUAUUUACAUAAAAAAACUUCAGAGCUGGUUAUAUUCUACCAUGGACACUUUAGGCUUUUUUUUUUUUUGGUUCAUCAACUGAAUGCAUUUAAUUUUAAUAAAGUAAUUGUGUUAAUUGGUA